UAAAAUAGUUUUGUAACAAUUUUAUUGGAUUACAAAUAUAAAAAUAGUUGCUCGCGCAAUGUAUAACAAGUUUUAUGAUGCGAUAAAAUGUUAGUGUUUUUAUAUUAAAAUGAAAGUGUGCGCUUGUGUUCUGCUGUUCACUAUAUUCGCUCUCAUCAAAGCAAGCUCUCAACACACCAUCAAAGACCAAAUACUCAAACAAGCAGCUGACGACAAACUCCAUCGAAAUGAAGACAGAACACGUGACGUCACCAGAGACCUUCCAGCGAAGCCUAAAGCACUAGGCAAGGUACCUAGGUUCCAGGUCACCACGCCAAGAGUAGUGACCUUCACUGAGUUCCUACAACAAGCGAUCCAUAUACUGAAUACUUACGACGACACCACGUUCGGAGAUUUCAUCGACAUUUUAAAUGAAGAAGUUAAAAACCAUCACUACAAAGGAUGCAAGUUCUCCGACCUGACCAAACACCACGACACUAGAAGGCUGCUGCAGACUAAACUGGACUUGAUCAGCGGGAAACCGGUGUCUGAGACGAAAGCCAAUGUAAAUGCUUUAGCUGACAUGCUCAGAGACGAGAGGUAUGACAGGAAAGCCAAAGAUUUCGUCGAUUUCAUCAAUUCUUUGUACGGAGCCGCAACUGUAGAGAAAUUCGAGAAGAUUCUGAAUGAACUGGAACAUUACAACAAGCCAGGAACUAGACGCAUGGACGACAAUCUGGCGCAACUUGUAAAGGACGCACUGAAGACGUUGAUAUUCGAUUACUACACGAAGCUACAUGUCAACGCUAAAAUAGAACUCAAAGAAAAAAUACAAGAGAUUUGGAAUCAAAUGCAAGAAAGACAAACUUCAGGUUAUAACAAAUAUAAUUUCCGUGUAACACCUCCUACUACUAAGUAUGAUACAUCAGAGAAUAUGAUUCCUGCACCUGUAUCUCCUGCAGAAGACAAAGAGUCCAGCUAUGAUGCAGACCAAGGAACUAGUGGAGAUGCAAGAGCUAAGAAAACCGUUAGAAUAGCUUCAAGUAUGGACUCAGAAUAUGUCUUAGACUCUUCUUCUAACUCUAUAAACGAAUUCCAGGAGAAGUUGCGUCAGUUUAACACGCAACGUUACGUGACUUUGGUCACAGAAGCUUACGGCGAGGUACACUCAGACAAGGAUGGGACGGAUGAAGCCAACCGAAUAGGAACCAAUAAUGAAGCACAACACAAAAAUAAACAAACAUCUGGCGAAAACAAAAAGAAAUAUGUGAAAGGUUUGGCAAGAUAUGCAAUGAAGCAUUUAAACAAUCACGAUAUUAAUAAAGUAUAUCAGAUGGCCACAAGAGAUAGAAAGAAGUACAGAGAAGAGAAGAAAGAUGAUUCAAUAGAAGAAAGUAGACAAGUUAGUGUGAAGGAUAAAUACUAUGAAGUAAAGAAGAAUGGGGGUGGAGGCAAACGUGUUACUGGUAUGGACACGUUUGGGUAUAAGAGGGCGUUACCUCUUGACCAAUGGCGUGGAUGGAGAUAUAAACAAAUCUAUCGCAGAAGUGGAAGCCUUAACACCACAACAACACAAACCAAUGAUUUAGUGAGAAGAGUCAGCAAUCUAGAAGUACAACUGCAAGAAGUGAAGGAAGAAAUACACGAUGGACACACUACAGAUAGACAUAGCAAUACACAGUCAGUCGAAACGAGAUCAAUGUACGAUACAAAGAACAGAAUAAAUAAGACAAGAGCUGUACCGACAAUACAAAUGAGAGCUGACGCAAACGAAUUCAUAACUGAAGCAACGAACAAUAAAACAGAAGAAGUUACUGCGACAGAACCAUCCGUAGCCACAACAGAUACAGUAGUACAUGUAGAUACAAAUACUAGAACUACUGAAGUACAUGUAGAUACAAAUACUAGAACUACUGAAGUACAUGUAGAUACAAAUACUAGAACUACUGAAGUACAUGUAGAUACAAAUACUAGAACUACUGAAGUACAUGUAGAUACAAAUACUAGAACUACUGAAGUACAUUCUCCUGUAACCGUCGCUGAAGUAAGUGCAGCAGAUACGAGGCUGUACGACAUUGUCAAUGCAACUGCAGUCUAUGAUAAAACCAAUGCGUCUAUGACGACUAGUAAGAGUUUGAGGAGACAUAAUUCUCCUAUAACGCAUGCUGCUGCUGAUUAUACUUAUAUAGAGUUGGAUCCGUUUGAUCAUGUACAUGAGAGUUGAUGUGGUUUUGAUAAAUAAAUUUGUCUUUGGGGUGAUUUUCCACCAGAGAUGUGCUAUGUAGCUAGGCUACGAAGAUGUAAUAGCUAAGCUGUGAAACUAUGCCACCUUUUCCACUAAUACUAAUAAUUUAAGUGUGGGAGAGCCAUGCUUCGGCACGAAUGCCGGCCGGCUCGACCGGAGUGAUUCAAUCCAAUCUUCCAAUCUUC